AAUAACAGCGCAGCUCCAUCUUUGUAGGAUUUGACAGGAGAUUUGACCUGUGUCGAAGAGGACCGCGAGCCCGGGGCUGCAGAAGUACAGGAGACCCUCACAAUGAGCCCCACGGCUUAGGAAGCUGCUACCUAAAUACGGACCGGAGGUGCAUCUCAUCACAGAAUCGGGAUAUUAAUUCACAAAAAUGACUCAUUUCAGCGCCCUCCCUGGACCGAUGGAAAUCCAACGGAACUAGUAACACAUGGGCUUAAAAUAAAUCCUUUUUGGUGAAUGCAACUGUAUCACAAAACCUUCGUGAUAGCGACAGAGAGACACACACGGAAGUGCGGACAUGGCUGACAGAACUGCUCCUAACUGCCACCUGAGACUGGAGUGGGUGUACGGAUACCGGGGACAUCAGUGCCGCAACAACCUGUACUACACCGCCGCCAAGGAAAUUGUCUAUUUUGUCGCCGGGGUAGGAGUUGUGUACAACACCCGGGAGCACAAGCAGAAAUUUUACCUGGGACACAACGAUGACGUAAUCAGCUUAGCGCUGCAUCCGGAGCGCGUGCUGGUGGCGACGGGGCAGGUGGGAAAGGAGCCGUACAUCUGCGUGUGGGACUCCUACACCGUGCAGACCGUGUCCAUCCUCAAGGACGUGCACACGCACGGCAUCGCCUGCCUGGCCUUCGACCUCGAGGGACAGUGUCUGGUGUCCGUGGGCCUGGACUCCAAAAACACAAUCUGCGUGUGGGACUGGAGGCGAGGGAAGGUCCUGGCAGCUGCUCCCGGUCACACAGACAGGAUCUUUGACAUAUCGUGGGACUUGUACCAGCCCAGCAAGCUGGUGAGCUGUGGCGUCAAACAUAUCAAGUUCUGGAGCUUAUGCGGCAACGCUCUCACACCUAAACGAGGGGUCUUUGGCAAAACGGGGGACCUUCAAACCAUCCUCUGCCUCGCCUGCGCCAAGGAUGAGGUCACAUAUUCAGGUGCCUUGAAUGGGGACAUCUACGUGUGGAAAGGAGUCAAUCUGAUGAGGACGGUGCAAGGAGCCCACGGGUCAGGGAUUUUCAGCAUGAAUGCCUGUGAAGAGGGCUUCGCCACCGGAGGCCGCGACGGCUGCGUCCGGCUGUGGGAUCUCAACUUCAAACCAAUUACUGUCAUUGAUCUCAGGGAAACAGACCAAGGAUAUAAAGGGCUGUCUGUGCGCAGCGUGUGCUGGCGCGGAGACCACAUCCUGGUGGGCACGCAGGACAGCGAGAUCUUCGAGGUGGUGGUCCACGACCGCAACAAGCCCUUCCUCAUCAUGCAGGGCCACUGUGAGGGCGAGCUGUGGGCGCUGGCCGUGCACCCCACCAAACCCCUGGCCAUCACGGGGAGCGACGACCGCUCAGUCAGGAUAUGGAGCCUGAUAGAUCACGCGCUAAUAGCCCGCUGCAACAUGGAGGAGCCCAUUCGAUGUGCAGCUGUGAGCACUGAUGGCAUUCAUCUGGCUCUGGGGAUGAAGGAUGGCUCAUUCACCGUGCUGAGAGUCAGAGACAUGACAGAGGUGGUGCACAUCAAGGACAGGAAGGAGGCCAUCCAUGAGUUGAAGUAUUCCCCCGACGGGACUCAUUUGGCCGUUGGCUCCAAUGACAACUCCGUGGACGUGUACGGUGUCGUGCAGCGCUACAAGAAAGUGGGCGAGUGCAUCGGCUCCAGCAGCUUCAUCACGCACAUGGACUGGUCCACAGACAGCAAGUACCUGCAGAUAAACGACGGCGGCGGCAGGAGGCUCUUCUACCGGAUGCCAAGUGGGAAGGAGGUGACCAACAGGGAGGAGCUGAAGCUGGUGCAGUGGGCCUCGUGGACCUGCGUGCUGGGGCCCGAGGUCAACGGGAUUUGGCCCAAGUACUCGGACAUCAACGACAUCAACUCGGUGGACGCCAACUAUAACAACCAGGUCUUGGUAACAGCUGAUGACUACGGAUUAGUGAAGCUGCUGCGGUACCCGUGCGUGAAAAAAGGUGCGAAGUUUAAGAAGUACUUGGGCCACUCGGCCCACAUCACCAACGCCCGCUGGUCGCACGACUGCCAGUGGGUCGUGACCAUCGGCGGCGCCGAUCACUCCGUGUUCCAGUGGAAGUUUGUUCCCGAGAGGAAGUCCAAGGACGCGCUGCACAUAGCGCCGCAGGAGAUCCUGGCCGACUCCAACAGCGAAGAGUCCGAUUCUGACCAGUCCGACGUGCCGGAGAUGGACUCGGAAAUCGAGCAGGAGACGCAGCUCACGUACCGUCGACAGGUUUACAAAGAAGAUCUACCUCAGCUCAAAGAGCAGUGCAAGGAGAAACACAGAACCACGGCCAUGAAGAAGAGAGAGCGAGCUCCGGGCAGUGGCGUGAAGCUGCACUUCAUUCACGGCUACAGGGGCUACGACUGCAGGAGCAACCUGUUCUACACCCAGAGCGGGGAGAUCGUCUACCACGUGGCCGCCGUGGGGGUCGUGUACAACCGGCAGCAGAACACCCAGCGCUUCUACAUGGGCCACGAUGACGACAUCCUCUGUCUGGCCAUUCAUCCGCUCAAGGACUACGUAGCAACAGGCCAGGUCGGCAGAGACUCUUCCAUCCACAUCUGGGACACGGAGGCCUUGAAGCCGCUGUCGGUGCUGAGGGGCUCCCACCAGCUCGGAGUGUGUGCGCUGGACUUCUCAGCCGACGGCAAGCGUCUGGCCUCGGUCGGCCUGGACGACAGCCACACCAUCAUGCUGUGGGACUGGAGGAAGGGAGAGAAGCUGUCGGCCAUGCGGGGAAGCAAGGACAAGAUAUUUGUGGUCAAGAUAAACCCCUACCUGCCUGACAAGCUCAUCACAGCCGGAGUGAAGCACAUGAAGUUUUGGCAUAAAGCUGGUGGCGGUUUAAUUGGACGCAAGGGGAGCAUGGGGAAGACGGAGACCAUGAUGUGUGCGGUGUACGGCUGGUCGGAGGAGAUGGUGUUUUCAGGCACAUGCACGGGCGACAUCUGCAUCUGGAGGGACAUGUUCCUGAUUAAGACUGUCAAGGCUCACGAUGGCCCUGUUUUCAGCAUGCACGCUCUGGAAAAGGGAUUUGUGACUGGAGGAAAGGACGGAAUCGUAGCCCUGUGGGACGACACUUUCGAGAGGUGCCUCAAGACCUAUGCCAUCAAACGAGCAGUCCUGGCCCCCGGCUCUAAAGGGCUGCUCCUGGAGGACAACCCCUCCAUACGUGCCAUAUCCCUCGGCCACGGCCACAUCCUAGUGGGGACCAAGAACGGUGAGAUCCUGGAGGUGGACAAGAGCGGACCCAUCACUCUCCUGGUCCAGGGUCACAUGGAGGGAGAGGUGUGGGGCCUCGCUACUCAUCCCCACCUCCCUUUCUGUGCCACCGUCAGCGAUGACAAGACCCUGCGCAUCUGGGACCUCUCGCCCAGCCACUGCAUGCUGGCCGUACGCAAGCUCCGCAAAGGCGGCCGCUGCUGCUGCUUCUCCCCUGACGGCAAAGCCCUGGCGGUGGGUCUGAAUGACGGCAGCUUCCUCAUAGUGAACGCAGACACGCUGGAGGACUUGGUGUCCUUCCACCAUCGGAAGGACGUCAUCUCUGACAUCAGAUUCUCUCCAGGUGCUGGGAAGUACCUGGCAGUAGCAUCGGGGGACACGUUUGUGGACAUUUACAACGUGAUGAGCAGCAAACGUGUGGGCGUGUGCAAAGGAUGCCUCAACUACAUAACUCACCUGGACUGGGACAAGAGAGGAAAACUGCUGCAGGUCAACACGGGCGCCAAGGAGCAGUUCUUCUUCGAGGCUCCGCGCGGCAAAAGGCAGACGAUCCCAGCUACAGAGGUGGAGAAGAUCGACUGGAGCACGUGGACGUGUGUCCUGGGUCCGUCCGUGGAGGGGGUCUGGCCGGUGCUGAGCGAGGUGACCGAGGUGAGCGCGGCCUGUCUCAGCAACAGCAGGAAGGUGCUCGCGACGGGAGACGACCUGGGAUACGUCAAGCUCUUCAGAUACCCGGUCAAGGGCAAGUAUGCAAAGUUCAAGCGCUACGUGGCCCACAGCACACAUGUCACCAACGUGCGGUGGAGCCAUGACGACGGCCUCCUGGUGACCGUGGGUGGAGGCGACACGUGCCUCAUGAUCUGGACCCACGAGCCCGAGGGCCACCGCGAACUAAAACAAUGCGACAGCGAGGAGUCGGACAUCGAGAGCGAGGACGACGGAGGUUAUGACAGCGACGUGACGAGAGAAAACGAGAUCAGCUACACCAUCAAGGCCUUAUCCACCAACAUGCGCCCCAUGACGGGGGUCAAGCCCCACCUGCAGCUGAAGGAGCCGUCUGUGGACGAGAGACAAGGGGUUGUCAGAGGGUCGAGGCCUCCAGUCAGCCGAGCACUGCCACUGCCAGAGAAGCUGCAGACCAACAACGUUGGCAAAAAGAAGAGACCCAUCGAGGACCUGGUGUUGGAGCUGGUGUUCGGUUACCGUGGCAACGACUGCCGCAACAACGUGCACUACCUGAACGAGGGGGCGGACAUCAUCUACCACACAGCCUCGGUGGGCAUCGUGCUCAACCUGACGACCUCCUGCCAAAGUUUCUAUGUAGAACACAGUGACGACAUUCUGUGCCUGACAAUCAAUCAGCAUCCCAAAUUCCCCAACGUGGUGGCAACUGGCCAAGUAGGUGACACUGGUGACAUGUCAGCCACGUCUCCAUCCAUUCACGUGUGGGACGCCAUGAGCAAACAGACGCUGUCGGUGCUGCGCUGCUUCCACUCCAGUGGGGUCUGCUCCGUCAGCUUCAGCGCCACAGGGAAACUCCUGCUGUCAGUGGGCCUGGAUCCCGAACACACCGUCACCAUCUGGAAGUGGCAGGAAGGUGCCAAAGUGGCCGGUCGCGUAGGUCACACCCAGAGGAUCUUUGUAGCAGAGUUCCGUCCGGACUCGGACACACACUUCGUGUCCGUGGGCAUCAAACACGUGCGCUUCUGGACCUUAGCGGGUCGAGCUCUACUCAGCAAGAAAGGAGUGCUGAGCUCGAUAGAGGACGCCCGGAUGCAGACCAUGCUGUCUGUGGCGUUUGGAGCUAAUAACUUGACAUUUACAGGUACCAUAAGUGGGGAUGUGUGUGUGUGGAAGGAGCACAUUCUAGUCAGAAUAGUGGCCAAAGCUCACACAGGCCCAGUGUUCACCAUGUACACCACACUGAGGGACGGCCUGAUCGUCACCGGAGGCAAAGAAAGGCCGUCAAAGGAGGGCGGCGCUCUGAAGCUCUGGGACCAGGAGCUCAAACGCUGCAGAGCCUUUCGACUGGAAACUGGACAGAUCAUAGACUGCGUUCGCUCCGUGUGCAGGGGAAAAGGUAAAAUCCUCGUGGGCACCAGGAACGCGGAGAUCAUCGAGGUCGGAGAAAAGAAUGCAGCGUGCAAUAUCCUGGUGAACGGACACAUGGACGGGCCCAUCUGGGGUUUGGGAGCUCAUCCGUCCAGAGACGUGUUCCUGUCUGCUGCAGAGGACGGGACGGUGCGUCUGUGGGACAUAGCAGAGAAGAAGAUGCUCAAUAAGGUGAACCUGGGCCACCCAGCUCGCGCCAUCAGCUACAGUCCUGAAGGAGACAUGGUCGCCAUCGGCAUGAAGAACGGGGAGUUCAUCAUCCUGCUCGUCACCUCGCUCAAAAUCUGGGGCAAGAAGAGGGACCGGCGCUCCCCCAUUCAGGACAUCAGGUUCAGUCCAAACUCGCGCUACCUGGCCGUGGGCUCCACAGAGAGCGCGGUGGACUUCUACGACCUGACGCUCGGCCCGCAGCUCAACCGCAUCAACAGCUGCAGGGACAUCCCCAGCUUCGUGAUGCAGAUGGACUUCUCUGCAGACAGCGCCUACGUCCAGAUAUCCACCGGCGCUUAUAAACGACUGGUGUACGAGGUGCCGUCUGGGAAGCAGCUCACGGAGCAGUCCCACAUCGAUAGGAUCACCUGGGCCGCAUGGACCAGUGUUCUUGGGGACGAGGUCAUUGGAAUCUGGUCCCGCAACAGCGACAAAGCAGACGUCACCUGCGCCUGCGUUUCCCACUCAGGCCUCAACAUCGUCACCGGCGACGACUUUGGGAUGGUGAAGCUGUUCGACUUCCCGUGUCCAGAGAAGUUUGCCAAACACAAACGCUUUCUGGGUCACGCUGCUCACCUGACCAACAUCCGCUUCACCAACGGAGAUCGCUUCGUGGUCAGUGCCGGCGGAGACGACAGAAGCCUCUUCGUGUGGCGCUGUGUCCACACCCCCCACUGAGCCUCGGACCGGGACCAGAACAUCUGCUGAAAGGGGUAUUUGCAGGACGAGAAGGAGCGACCUGGCAGCUUGUAAAGGACUCCCAGUAUAGUGGCUACAUGACUUUACUGCCUCUGAACUAGGUGCAUGCGUUUGUGGACAUGUUCAUCACAGCAGUAGUUGUGCUUGUGAACACAGGUAUCAUCACGUCAUCACAGGGAAAAAAAAACUCUCCAUCACUUCAGUCCUCGUUUUUCAGAAGGAUCAAAUCUGGGUUUGCCUCUCGACAGAUCCAGACACAGUGUUACUGGCGUUGCCAUUUUUUACAUGUAGCAAACUGAAUCAGCCUUAAUCUGAGUGUUGAACAUAUGCGGGUUUGGAUUCUUUUGUACGGUUUCCAUUUUUUGCAUCACUUACUCAUUUGUCGUCCUAUUUUUACUGGUGAUUCCAAAUCCUGUGGCCUUCCUCCUGAAUGUAACAUCCACUGUUAUGUUCUGGAUGUCAGCAUGCCAAAGCAUACUAUGCACUGUACACCUGACCUGGUCACUGUGUCGCCCCCAUGGUUUAUUCAUGGUUUGUUUCUGUGCUCGUGUUGUUGAUGGGUUGACCUGUAACCUCUCUCUGCAGUCUCUCCCUCAUGUGAAAGGGCGUGUAGAUGUUUGAGGAUUUGCUUGUGGUUCGUGGGUGUGCAUGGCUUAAUGGAAGACAAUCUGUCCAAACCAAAAUCCUCAGCAAACAAAAAGACGAGAUGUACUGAUAUUUCUGUGUUUCUGAGUGUUGCGGUUUCCAGUGUGCUGCUGCUGUAUUAAUGUCGCAUUUUUAUGCAUUGAGUGGUGUGACUUUUUCAACCGUGAGUUUGUUUUUUGUGUCGUUCCAUAUAUUACUUAAAUGGAAUGUUCAGAGUAUCAGAGAGAAAAUAUGAAAAGUGCAAAACAUAUUGGUCCUUGUAUUAAGACUUACUACAACAUGUUGCUGCAUAUUUUGAUUUACAUUACACCAGUGUAAAUAUCAUUUAUAUAUAUUCUUUUUUGUAUAUUUUUUGUGAGAUGUUUCUUAUAUUACACUUUAAUAAAAAAGGCAACGUUGA